AUGAGCAAAAUUUUCUUAUCCCUUAACAACGACAACGUAUUUUCUGGUAUUAUUCCAAACGAAACAUAUUGGUAUAAUGAAAUCAGCAAUUUUCAACCAAGACGGUUGGAUACGACAUAUCUAGAAUGGGCGGUACUACUUCUAGGAUGGUAUAUCAUUCUAUCCUCAGUCCCUAGCUUAUGGAUAGACUAUGACUUAUGGAAUGCAUUUGUAAAGCGCGAUACCAUUUCCCAACCGUUGAGAGUAAUAAAGACAGGACAACAAAAGGCUCUAGAUACAACCUCAUUCCCACAAAUGAUUCCCCAUACUGAACUUCUUGAUUCAGGCUCACAAAGAACGGUAAUAUCGAAUACAAAAUACGGCAAUAGUGACCAAAUAUUUGGAAAGCAAAAUGAAGAUAGUCACUCAACAAAAAGCGAAAGAAAAAGAAGAAUAAGUUGUCAUUCCAAAAUUACAAUUCAUACAGUCCAAAAAUCAAACAAUCCAGGAAUCAGAAGUCAUCAACAAGAAGGAGAUAAGAUGCGGAAAGAUGAUGAACUUUAUUUUUUCGUUGGUGAUGCUGCAUCGAAUACAGAGCUUGGGGCCGAAAAUCAUUAG